UGUUUUACUGCAUCGAUUAAACCAUGCAUAAAGGACGUAAAUCUAAGAAUUGUUAGUACAAGAAACAAAGCAGACAUGCGUAAACACAAAAAAAAAAAAAAAAAAAAAAAAAACUAAAAAUAAAAGUGGGACCAGAUAACACGAUGUAGUAAAUGAUAAACUAUAUGGCUAAGCUGAUGUUGAUGGAUUCGAUGUAGUAAAUAAUAAACUAUACGGCUAAGCUGAUGUUGAUGGAUUUGAUGUAGUAAAUGGUAAACUAUAUGGCUAAGCUGAUGUUGAUGGAUUUGAUGUAGUAAAUGAUAAACUAUAUGGCUAAGCUGAUAUUGAUGGAUACGAUGUAGUAAAUGAUAAACUAUAUGGCUAAGCUGAUGUUGAUUGAUUUGAUGUAGUAAAUGAUAAACUAUACGGCAAAGCUGAUGUUGAUGGAUUCGAUGUAAAUUGUACGGCCUUGCCGAUGAUGAUGGAUUCGAUGCUAACGCCUGCGGUUUUUUUAUAUUGUUUUCAGCUGAAUAAAUAUGGUACAACAAUUGACAGUGAAGUUGGUUUGGAUUCUUCUGUUCAUACAUACAGGUAACCACACAAAGCAAUUGCGUUUAAUCAAAGUCUUUGACCAAGUUUACAUACAUAAGAAAUAAGCACUGCCUACAUUCCUACCAACAUUAAGUUAACGUACAAAAUGUAUAUUAAAUACUGCUGGACCUGUAGACAGUUCGAACAUGAUUGAUUGAAGUUACUUGAACUCUAAACGAAGAGUCUAGCUGUAGAUCCGAUCACUAAAAAUUACAAUAGAUUUGUUAUGUGUACUUUUAGCACUCGGACGUAAUUACAAAGGUAUCUCAGUUGUAAAAAGCUAAAAAGCAGCACUUCCGAGCUAGGAAAGAAAUAAAAUCGAGAUUUUUCUCUAGGAUAGGUGGCAUAUUCAUAUAAAAAGUAUAAUUCAGUUGCCUUGUCAAAAAAUGGUCAUAAUCAUAGUUUUAUGCCAAGAAUAACCUGGUAGCUUUCCUGUGUGUAUUUUUCUUAAGGUAAUGGACCUGUAAUGAUAUUCGGUAAUUUCCGUAUGUUUACGUAAUCUCCGUAAACGAUGUCGGCAUUUUCCGGCUGGAUGUUCGUAAGAACUACAUUAUCAACUGGAGAAUGCCGAAAUAGCAUUAGACGAACACGGAAUCGAACGAAAAUUGUCGAAUGUCAUUACGGUUCCACUACUUUAAAAAGGAGUUAUUUUAUCUUCUUCUAGGAAUAACAAAUGCCGGAACCGCAACUACAACCGUUUUCUCAACUGCAGUUACUACUACUGAUUCAGUUACUGCUGAUUCUGUUACAACAGACGUCGUAACUACUGAUGCCAUUUCCGCCGUGACGUCAGAUAUUGCCACUGCCGCUACCGUGACGUUUGACACUACUACCGCUAGCGCUGAAAGUACCACAGAUGACACAACAACGAUAACAGGUACUACUGAUUCUUUCACAACUGACGCCGCAGUCACUAGUGCGGUAACUACUGACCCCGUAACUACUAAUGCAUUUACUUCUGAUUCAGCUACUAGUAGUGUGGCUGUUACUACUGAUGCCGCUACUACUGACACCGCUAUCACUGACGCAAUUACUACUACUUCUGCUACUGCGUCAACCACGAGUGAUGCCAUUUCUACAGCCGCGAUAACAGAAGUUGCAACAACUGUUGUAGCAACAACAGACGUCAUAACAACUGAUGACGUAACAACUGAACCAGCUACAACUGACACAGUAACAACUGUUGACGUCACUACAGGUGCAGCUACAACGGACAUCAUAACAACUGAUGACGUCACUACAGAAGCAGCUAUUACCGACGCCGUAACAACUGAUAUCGUCACUACAGAAGCAGCUACAACAAAUGCCGUCACUGAUGCCGUUACUACAUCCGUCGUAUCCACUGGUGUCGUUACUACUGAUGCUGCCGCUACUAGUAAAGUUCCUAAGACAACUGUAACCACUGAUGCGGCAACUGACGUCAUUUCAACUGAGGCCGCUACCACUGUUGAUGCUACAACUGUCACUGAAGCUGCAACUACUAAACCAAUUGUUGUCACAGAUUCUACAACAGUAGUCACAGAUUCUACAACAAAUAUAACAUCAACUACUGAUUCGGGACCGGGAUCUACUAAAAGAAUGACAGACUCACGUAAAUAAUUCUUUUCGUGAUUACUUCAAUGUACAUAUGUAUAAACUGUCAUAAUGAAAUUCAUACCAGAUUGUUAACAAAUUCGAUCGUUAUAGGGUAAUACGUGUAAGUUAUUUAAAGUUGAAAGAUUUAAGCAUAUUUUCAAUAU